GGAAAGGAAGUUGACACAAGUAUACGUCAGAUGUAAAUACUAUAAACAAGUGCGAGAACACAGUACAAGUAUGGGGAACACGGAUACAAAACUUAAUUUUCGCAAAGCUGUUGUACAACUUACCUCCAAAACACAGCCAAUUGACGCAGGAGAUGACAGUUUUUGGGAUCAGUUUUGGUCGGAAAAUGUGACAAACGUGCAGGAUGUGUUUACAUUAGUUCCUGCACCAGAAAUUCGAGCUUUGCGCGAAGAAGCGCCAUCGAAUUUGGCGACACUAUGUUAUAAAGCGGUUGAGAAAUUGGUUAAAGCCGUGGAUAACAGCUGUCGUACACAGCAUGAACAACAAACUGUUCUCAAUUGUGUCCGUCUUCUGACACGUGUACUGCCUUAUAUAUUUGAAGACCCUGACUGGCGUGGAUUCUUUUGGUCUAGUUUGCCUGGGCAGGCUCAAGGGGAAGAGGAAGACCAGGCUAUGCCACUGGCGCAGUCCUUAAUAAGUGCGAUCUGUGAUCUGCUGUUUUGCCCUGAUUUUACUGUGGCCUCCAAUAGAAAGUCGGGUCCGGACAAAGCUGAGGACUUACAGGCAAUUGAUAGUUGUGAAUAUAUUUGGGAAGCAGGUGUAGGUUUUGCUCAGUCACCUCCACAUCAUCCUCAUUUAGAAGCAAACAGGACUGAACUUUUGAAACUGCUUUUAACUUGCUUCAGUGAAACUAUGUACCAGCCACCAGUUGAUAUACAUACUGCACCAAAUAGAUGGAUUCAGUACUUCACAAGUGCUGAGAAUCGGCAUGCUUUACCACUGUUUACUUCUCUAUUGAACACUGUAUGUGCAUAUGAUCCAGUGGGUCUUGGUGUUCCUUACAACCAUUUACUUUUCUCUGAUUCUAUGGAACCUUUAGUAGAUACAGCCUUGCAGAUAUUGAUAGUAACUUUAGAUCAUGAUACAACCAGCAGUGCCCCUGAAGGAGAAGAGGUUCCUGUACCAGACAAUCUUUUUAUAAAUUAUCUGUCAAGAAUCCACAGAGAUGAAGAUUUUCAUUUCGUUCUCCAUGGAUUUACCAGACUUCUUAACAAUCCGCUGGUACAAACAUACUUACCCAACUCAACAAAAAAAGUGCAAUUUCAUCAAGAGCUUCUGGUCUUUUUUUGGAAAAUGUGUGACUACAACAAGAAAUUCCUAUACUAUGUUUUGAAGAGCAGUGAUGUUCUUGAAAUUUUGGUGCCAAUUCUCUAUCAUCUCAAUGAUUCAAGGGCUGAUCAAUCUCGUGUGGGCCUGAUGCACAUUGGAGUAUUUAUAUUGCUCCUGCUCAGUGGAGAGAGAAAUUUUGGUGUCCGUCUAAACAAACCUUACACUGCCACAAUACCAAUGGAUAUACCUGUGUUUACUGGAACACAUGCAGAUCUCUUAAUCAUUGUUUUUCACAAGAUUAUUACUACUGGACAUCAGCGUUUGCAGCCUUUAUUUGACUGUCUUCUGACGAUCCUUGUUAAUGUGUCACCAUAUUUGAAAACCCUUUCUAUGGUUGCAAGCACAAAACUGUUACAUUUGUUGGAAGCAUUUAGUACUCCAUGGUUCCUAUUUUCAUCUCCAACAAAUCACCAUUUAGUUUUCUUUUUACUUGAAAUCUUUAAUAACAUCAUACAGUACCAGUUCGAUGGGAACUCCAAUCUUGUGUACACAAUUAUUCGCAAGAGGCAAGUUUUCCAUGCAUUGGCCAAUCUUCCAUCAGAUUAUGGGACUAUUUCAAAGUCCCUCAGUAAAAGAACUCGCCGUCACCUACCGAGCACGUCAUCUGCCGAGAAUGUAAAGGACCUUCCUAGUAUGGAGGGAUCGCAUCCAGCAUUGCCUGCUGAACCUGGAACACUUAAGGCAACGCUUCCAGACACACCAGGUAUUGAUAAAAUGACUGAGAAAGAAUCCGCUCACCCAUCAGUACAACAACUGUGUGACUUAAGUGCUGCAGCAGCUGUUAAUGGAAUUAUGCCAAAUGAGCCUCUGCAGACUGCAGGGUCUCAGCCAGCUAGCCAGCAGGGAGGUACCACUGAUAGUGUGAGACAGGUAGAUGGUGAGGAGCAGCCACCACGACCAAAAAGUGUGCCAGCAACACCCAGUUCUCCCACAGCUUCAGUGCAUUCUGCAACUAUGUCGCACUCCAUGCGUAAAAUAUCAGAUUCAUCAGUGUCAAAUGUGAGUUUACAGAGGUCUGCCUCUCAGCGACAAAGCAUCCGGCUGACAGAAGCACACUCUCUUGUCCAGGGGAGUGUUGGAGGUCAGUGGAUACCCACAGCUGAGUGGGUAAAUUCUUGGAAGUGUAAACUUCCUUUGCAAACAAUAAUGAGGCUGCUUCAAGUCUUGGUACCUCAGGUUGAGAAGAUAUGUAUUGACAAGGGACUGACAGAUGAAAGUGAGAUCCUAAAAUUUCUGCAGCAUGGCACCCUGGUAGGCCUACUUCCAGUUCCACAUCCAAUUCUUAUUCGAAAAUAUCAAGCAAACACUGGAACUACUACAUGGUUCCGUACUUAUAUGUGGGGUGUUAUUUAUCUACGGAAUGUGGAUCCACCAAUAUGGUAUGACACAGAUGUUAAAUUAUUUGAAAUUCAGCGAGUUUAAGUUUCCACAUUUAUUUUGAUAUACCUGAUAAUUAUAACCAAAAAAAGGCUGAAUAUUUCAAAUUAAAGUUUGU